UUUUUUUUUUUUGUAACAAAUUAAUCAGCAGCCAUGAACGACAAGGCUUCCGUUUCUAAGGAGCUUAAUGCCAAACAUGCUAAGAUAUUGGAGGGCCUUCUUAAGCUUCCAGAAAAUAGGGAAUGUGCAGAUUGUCGGGGAAGGGCCCCGAGGUGGGCGAGCAUCAACCUUGGAAUAUUCAUCUGCCUGCAAUGUUCAGGAAUUCAUAGGAGUCUUGGGGUACAUAUCUCCAAGGUAAGGUCGACAACUUUGGACACAUGGCUGCCGGAGCAGAUUUCUUUUAUGCAAUGUGUAGGUAAUGAGAAGUCGAACAAUUAUUGGGAGGCAGAUCUAUCAGCAAGUGUAGAUAGAAGCGACAUUGGGAAAUUUAUCCGAACCAAGUAUCAGGAUAAAAAAUGGGCUUCCAGAUAUAAUCCUCAACCAGGACUAUCUGAUAUGAUUGGUGAAACAAGUGAUUUUGGAGGAAAAGCUGAUGUUCCAAGAAAAGCAAGAAAAUAUUCCUUGGAGGAGGAUGUUUUUAGUAUACAACCUCCACAAGUUCCUACAACGACAAGAUCUCGUGGGGUUUCUUUGGACACGAUGGAUGAAUUUCUUAAUUUACCUCCAAAAAAUGGUCUCAUGAGUGCUCCAUCCGUGAAGCACAAAGAAGAUACGCAAGAUCUCUUCAGUUUGCUCUAUGCCCCAGAAGGAAACCAAGAUCGCACUAUUGUGCCUCCAUCUCGUUGGGCAACUUUCGAGUGAGCUGAUGAGACCAAGAGAAGAACCAGUUGGGAGUUAUAUUGAAGCACUUUUGCAUUGGAUUAGAGUUCAUGGAUGAUACAAACAAAUAGAACUGCACUUCAACAUGAUGUGCCUCUUUUUCUUGUGAGAAUACUUAUUGGGAUUGUUAUUUGGGCUGAUUAGUCUCUAUCCAUUGUUAUUAGUUUUCAUGGGCCAAGCAACUUGUAUAGUGUUAAUACCAGUUGCUUCCAAUAUGAUUAAUUAAAGAGUUGGCAACUGGAUUCUAUCACUUGUGUCUUAAAGAACUAAUGUAUGGUUCAUUAUUUUUUUUCUUGUAUAGAAAGUGAUUUAAUU